AUGGCGGAACAUGUUAGAUUAAGAAAAGCAGCAGGCCAGGUUUGGGUUGAUAAUACCUUAAAUGAAUGGCCUGAAAACGACUAUAGACUAUUUUGUGGAGAUUUAGGGAAUGAUAUAACAGAGGAAGUUCUUGCAAAUAAUUUUCAAAUAUACCCUUCAUUCCAAAAGUGUAAGGUAAUUAGAGACAAAUAUACAAAUAAAAGUCGGGGAUAUGGCUUUAUUUCUUUUGGAGAUCCGCAAGACAUGUUGCGAGCAUUGAAGGAAAUGAAUAGAAAGUACAUUGGAAGUCGUCCAAUAACUUUGAAGAGAUCAAGAUGGAAAGAUAGGGAAAUCGACUCUGAGAAAAAUAAGAAGUUUGACAUAUUAAUGAAUAAACAAGGAGUUAACAAUCCACUCAAUACAGUCCGAAUAUUCAAGAAACGAAGGUACAAACACACUACUGAUAAAGAUAAGAAAUAG